UUGCCUCAGGAAACCUCAAAUGUGAAUCAAUAGGAAAAGAAACAUUUCCAUGAUACAUGGCAGUUUCAAUAUGUAAGAAAGCUUAUAUACGGAUGGGGCACAUGACUGUUGGAACAGCAGAGAGAGUGGGUGUGGCUUCUGGACACCUUGAGGUGGAGUGAUAUUAAGUGGAAUAAGGCUGAACUGAAGAACACCGACACGUCUUCCUGAGAAUAGUGGAGCUGUCAUUGUCUGAAGUUGGUGAGCGAGGCUCAGUCUGGGGUAAGGAAUCUUCUUGCUGUUCCCCCUGCACAGUUCCCACUUGCUUCUUUCAACCUUAAAAUGAAUAAAAUCAAUAGACUGUCCAAUAACACUAAGAUAAGAAAUGCUAUUUAUUCUGGAGCUGGUAUUGGGAUUUCAGGCAACAGCUUCCUUCUUCUCCUCCAAGUCCUCAAGUUCUUUCAUGGGCAGAGACCCAGACCCACUGACCUGCCCAUUGGUCUCUUGUCCCUAAACCACCUGCUGAUGCUGAUAGUCAUGAGUCUAGUACCUACAGACGUCUUUAUGCCACGGCGGAGAUGGGGUGACACCACGUGCAAAUGUGUUAUAUCCUUGUACAGGUUUUUCAGGAAUCUCUCUCUUUGUGCCACCAGCCUGCUCAGCAUCCUCCAGGCUGUCACCCUUAGCCCCAGAAGCUCCUGACUAGCAAAGUUCAAGCGUAAAUCUCCACACCACAUGCUAGGUUGCCUUCUUUUCCUGAGUGUCUUCUAUACAUUCAUUAGCAGUCCCCUUGUAAUAUACAUAACUGCGAAGGCUAAUUUGACCUCACCUAGCUUUAUAUAUAUGACGACAUCUUGCUCUCUGGCACCCAUGAGUUACUCUGUCCAUCACACAUUUUUUAUACUGUUGACCUCCAGGGAUGUCAUCUUUGUAGGUCUCAUGCUCCUCUCCAGUGGGUACAUGGUGACUUUCCUAGGUAGACAUAAAAAGCAAUCCCAGGUUCUCCACAGCCUUUCCCUCAAACCAUCUGCAGAACAAAGAGCCAUGAGGACCAUUCUGUGCCUCAUGAGCUUCUUUGUGCUGAUGUACACCUUGGACAGCAUUGUCUCCUACUUAAGAAGUACCCAGGAUGGUCAGAAUUUUUAUUCUGUUCACAUUCUCACAUCCCAUGGCUAUGCCACAGUCAGUCCUUUUUUGAUCCUCAGUACUGAAAAACAUAUAAUCAGCAUUUUCAGAGCUGCAUUUGGAAGGAUGGUAAGCCUCGUAUUACUCAGGAAUGGAUAA